AGAGUACCAUACGGAAGUGGAGGAUUACAGUCGCAACGGAUCUGGCAGUGCUCGUUUUACCAAAUGUUUACCUCAAAAUAACCUACAUUUUUACACUUUUAUGAGCGAAACUAUUCGUUAAAUUGUGCUACUGGCGGUUUGAACGGGGACAAGUAUUUUCUGGCACGGUCCUGUCCUUACCAUGGAAACACUGUAGAGGCCUGGGAUGGACGCGGCCACAGUCAAAGAAAUCGAGACUCAUCAGACCAGGCAACAUUUUUCCAGUCUUCAACUGUCCAAUUUUGCGCCCCCUGGUCCCUCCUCUCCUCCCUCCCCCUACCCCCUCUCUCCUGCUGUCACCCCCUCUGUGCAGUUUUCCUUCACACUGCUGUACACGCUGCUCUACAGUGCCCUCUUUCUGCUAGCCUACGCACAGCUCUGGCUUCUUCUGCUGCACCGACACAAGCGCUGGAGCUACCAGAGCAGCUUCCUGUUCCUCUGCCUCCUGUGGGCUGCGCUCAGAACUACACUCUUUUGCUUCUACUUCAGGAACGCCAUCCAGGCCAACCACCUGCCGGUGGCGCUGUACUGGCUUCUCUACUGUUUCCCAGUCUGUCUGCAAUUCUUCACAUUUAGCCUCAUCAACCUCUACUUCACUCAGGUUCUUCUUAAAGUUCGUGAGAUUUGUCACUUCGAAGUGUCCAGAGCUCUCUGUCUGGCGCGUUGUCUCUUCCUUCUCUUCUCCCUCCUUUUUCUCUCUGUAAAUGUGGUUUGUGGAAUGCUGGAGGACCGGGAUGGGUCCAGUUCUCAGACCUGGACUUUGGUCUUAGUCCGGGUUUUGGUGAACGACGGUCUGUUCAUUUUAAACGCUGUGCUCCUGUCCACUGUCUUGAUGCUGCUGACGCGACACUCACACUGCACCAGUCCCUACCUCCUUAGCAAGGGCACAAGUGUGUGUAGGACCGCUGCUCUGGGUGCUGCUGUGGUCUUCCUCUUCACCAGCAGAGCAUGUUAUAACCUCACAGCCUUGAAGAACAGCCGGAUGGAGGACUUCGACUUCGACUGGUACAACGUCUCAGACCAGGCUGACCUGCAGAGGGACCUGGGGGACCGGGAGUUUUUGGCAUUCGGGGCGAUUCUCUUCAUCUGGGAACUUCUACCCAUGAGCCUGCUCAUGCUCAUCUUCAGAAUACGCCGCCCCCCACAGGAGAGGGCGGUGGUGAUAAACAACAAUCCUCUCCCUCGGCCAUACUUCUUUGAUGAUCCACAGGGGAGCGAUGAUGAUGCGCCUUUGCCGUGGGCCCGAACCGACUCCCAACAAUCUCUACCACCCAGUUGGUUUGGCUCAGAGACGACUCCUCUUCUGUUCGCUGCUCACCGCCCAGAUCAAAACGACCAACACCACUCACUGUACUCCACUCCCCAAAAUACAUGAACUACUGUGGAAAUACGGUUACUAUUACUGCUACUACUACCAUGGGAUGCUAGACCAAAGACGAUACUACCCAUAUAUUAUCAACAUUGUUCAUUGUAGUCUAUGCUUCAAAACAACUUUACACAAAACGUUGCACAUUUUUUAUGUACGUCAGGCUGCUAUAAUGAGCAGGUCUGAUUUGCCAUAACUUUUUGCCAGAUGCCCUCCCUUUACCAACUCCAGCGAUUUUACUGUCUCUGUAGUGGACAGUGUGGGUGUCAUGUUUUGACAAGGGACUCAACUCAGCAAGUUUUGAACCACUGACCCUCGGGUUGGUGGGCGAAUGCUUAUCUUCGCGCACAACUUUUGCUAUUUUUAACAUAAUAUCUAUUUUUCCUAACAUGUCCAUGUCAGAACAGUAUGUAUACAGGUGAGUGUUGAACCGUUGAUCCUCUCAUUGGUGGGGGAACACAAAGAGCAGGAGAAAAUGGGAAUCUAACUACCAACUUUUGCACUGAAAAUCCCCACUAGCGCCAUAAAAAAACAAGAUAAAAGGGAAACAGACUGACCCAAAGCUAUCAAGUUAGCUUCUUUAGCAUUUGAAUUCAGUUGAAAUGACUUUUAUAUGGGCGUGUUGCAUAGGAACAUAUGGGAAAUUUUCUCUGUCUCUCUUUGUGUUUAUCUGUAUAAUUUAUUUUGCUACAAGAUUUGUAUUGUUUAAAAGGGACUAUAUUCUGGUCAAUGUUAUAAUGUUUUUUCCAGCCCCGGAAUUGCCAAUCUCUACCAAACAAAAGGUAAAAGUUGGUUGUUAACUUGAAAACUACCACUUCAUGACAUCAGGUGGCACAGCAUUUUGAGCUUUGGAACUGUAGACAGACAAAUGAUAAAAAAGAUUGCUCAAACAUGUGUGACUUAAACAAAACACAGGUAUGUUUUUGAUGAGGUGACAUUGUGACAUGGCUUAAAGCUUACAAGAGUCAAUUUUGCGUAAUAUAGGACCUUUAAAAACUAGACCAAAAGGAAACAGACUGACCCAAAGCUAUUGAGUCAGCUUCUUUAGCAUUUGAAUUCAGCUAUAAUGACUUUUAUCUGGACAUGUUGCAUAGGAAGAUAUGGGAAAUGUGUAACUUAAAUUUGAUAAUAUUUGUACUGAUUUAAAUGUGUCUCUGUGUAUUUGGGGGAGGAUUUUACUUACAGCUGUUUAACCCACUCUUUAAAAUAUAUUGAGCUACUUAUUUUGAACCUAAGCAAAAUUGGCACAUUUUAAUUUUUUGUUUGUGAAUUUUGUCAAGGAUGCUCAUUUUACAACUUACAAUGUUAAGAAGAACCAUUGCCUGUCCACCCAGUCCCUCCUACAUUCUGUGGUUCUGGCCAGGUCUAAACACCCUUUGUAUCUUAAGCUUAAAAACACAGUGUAGCACUUCCUGUAUUACUAUAUGACAUCACAAGGUGGAACAGAGUAUUUUCUGUUUGAGAGAAGAACUCAGCCUAAAUAUGCAGUUUGUGUGUUAAACACGUGUGAAUGAAACAAAACACAACUCUAGGCAUGUUUUUAAUGAGGAAACAUACCAUAGAUCAGAAAAUAGAGCAAUAUGAGCUCUUUAAAAUGUUUCUGAUUUCAAACUGUAUGUCUUUUCUUCAUAAAGAUGAACUUAUUUUAUAUUAAUUGGCUAAAAAUACCUUUAAAGUUACACAUUCAUAAACACUCACCGAUUUUUAGAAAACCAAAUAUAUAUACAUUUAUAUAUAUUCUUUUUUUUUUUAUAUAAUUGUUUUACCACUAAUUAAAGCUGUUUUAUUUUCAUUUUUUUAAAUAAAAUGUAAUGGCCAAAGU